AUGGUUUGUGUACCAUGUAUUUUUGUCGGCUUAGCUAUUGUUAUUUGGUGUAAAUAUCUUGAACCUUAUGUUAAACCAAUUUAUGAACGACUUUGUCAAUAUUAUCCACCAUUGAGAGUAGUAGGAAAUCAAAUGGGUGUUUGGGCAGGUAAGGUUGAAAAAUUUGGAGAAAAAAUUGGUAUUCGUAUGCCACAAUCAUGUCCAAUCCCAAAGAAAAAUAAAGAUGCUGCAAAAUGUCCAGUUGCUGGUAAUAAUAAAUUAUAUCCUGAUUUAAAAACAGCAACAACAACUGAUGAUAUGGAUGUUCAUCAACGACCAGUACCAUCAGCACCUUCUCAUGAAUGA